UCCCGAGCUAAAACACUUCAGGUAGUUCACUCAGAGGCUCCUGGACAUGUAACUGGUUCUAUUCACUUGAUGUAUGCUGAGCUGCAAGUUCUUUCUCCCUUAGUUCCAACACGAGAGGCUCAUUUCCUCCGGUACUGCCAGCACAACGCAGAAGAGGGAACGUGGGCUAUAGUCGAUUUCCCAAUGGACGGCUUCCACAAUGAUUACUCUCCAUCCUUUCCUUACUACAAGAGGCGCCCUUCUGGAUGCAUCAUUCAGGACAUGCCUAAUGGAUACUCAACGGUAACUUGGGUGGAGCAUGCUGAGGUUGAAGAUGGGCAGAUCAAUAAUGUCUUCAGCAGUCUAGUCAGCAGUGGUGAGGCUUUUGGGGCGCAGCGGUGGCUCGCUGUUCUGCAGCGGCAGUGCGAGAGGCUUGCCAGCCUCAUGGCCAGAAACAUAUCUGAUCUUGGAGUGAUCCCAUCGCCUGAAGCACGAAAAAGUGUGAUGAAUCUUGCGCAGAGGAUGAUUCGGACAUUCUGCCUCAACAUAAGCACUUGUUAUGGCCAAUCUUGGACAGCCCUUUCUGAAUCUGCUGAUGAUACUGUUCGGAUCACUACCAGGAGAGUCACCGACCCCGGCCAGCCUAACGGCUUGAUCCUCAGCGCCGUCUCCACUACUUGGCUGCCCUUUCAACACAAAGAGGUUUUCGAUUUCUUGAGAGACGAACGCUCCAGAGCUCAGAUCGAUGUACUCUCAAAUGGGAAUUCACUGAAUGAAGUAGCUCACAUUGCCAAUGGCUCCAAUCCAGGAAACUGCAUUUCUCUUCUUCGCAUCAAUGUUGCAAGCAACUCAUCACAAAGUGUGGAGCUGGUGCUGCAAGAGAGCUGCUGGGAUGAUUCAGGGAGCUUAGUAGCGUACGCGACAGUGGACGUGGAUGCGAUCCAGAUGGUGAUGAACGGCGAGGAUCCAUCGUGCAUCCCGGUCUUACCAAUGGGGUUCGUCAUCGUCCCAAGCACUGACAGCAACAAUGAAUCAGGAUGCCUCCUCACAGUGUGCCUCCAAGUUCUGGCAAGCACAAUGCAUAACGCAAAGCUCAAUCUCUCAAGCGUCACGGCUAUCAACCACCACCUCUGCAACAUUGUGCAGCAGAUCACCACCCUUCUCAAUGCCGACGCCCCCUCCGCCGAAUUAAAUUAAUUUGUCUUCUGGUUUUAGACAUUAACUAAUUGUUGCAGUGAAUUAAAAUUAGGGUUAGAGUGAGUAGGAAAAUAGGUGUCAAGAGCGCACCAUAUAAGAUGCGGCUCCUUGCUACUUGGUAAGGCUCAUAGUUGAUGGCCUCACCACAUAGCAAGGGUUGCUUGGUUCGGGUAUUGACUUCCUCUUAUUCAUUUAUAUCAAUAUCAAUAUCAAUAUCAAUAUUAA